AUGUCUGAGCCUUCGGAUUUGAAGGCGAGGUUGGUGGAGCUGCGGGACCAACUUCGCUCCAUCUCCAGCACCUACAGCGCUCUCUGCCUCUACCUGCGCGAAGUUGACACCCUAUCUGCCCUGGUGGCUUCCGACUACUAUGAGCUGCAGCGUCCGUCAGAGGAAAUGACCCGGCGUUUGGAAAAAUGGCGUUCGCUGGAGCGUCGCAUCUUUUACGCGUUGGACCGCCACUCGCGGACCAAUUUCGAGUCCUACCGGAAGACGGAAGCGCAGUUCAUAAAGCGCAUCGGGGCGUCUGGCGAGCCCAAGCCCGUUAAGCGGGACACCGGGAUACGCCUGAAGGUACACCGCUUCAAGGAGGGUGUCAUCGCCAUGAAAUACGCCACUGAGGCGCGUCGCAGGGCGACCAAUAUCGCCGAUUUCAUCGUGGAGGUGAAGAAAAUAACUGGCCGUGAGGUCACUGACCACUAUGACAACUUGAUAAUUUUGCAAGCACUCACCGAGUGGACCAAGGACGUCAUCAGGGAUUGCGUGCGCUGCACAGCCAGCAGUGCAGACAAAUUCACGAACGAGGAAUCGAAUGGACAGAUUGUCUACACCAACGACGUGAUUCGAAACAUCCUCGAGUUUUGCCAAAAGUACACUACGGUGGAUGGAUCUGCGAAGAAGCCUAUCGGGACACGGCUGGUAGAGUACAUGCUGGAUCGUUCACCUGAGCCUCGAAAGGAUGCAGCUGGAGCUACCGGAGGAGUCGAUUCAUCGUACAUCACCUACUACCUGUUCAACUUACAGCGCGAUUUGGAUUCUGGUCACCCCGUUGCGGUGCGCAGACUUGAGCAGUUCCGGAACGCGUGUAAGAAGCAAGACGUUGUUCUAUCGAUCCCUCGGCCUAUUCACGUGUAUCAGCUUCACGAAUACUUCUACAACUAUGCAAAGUCGUCUAACUUCGUGAAGCUGAUUCACUCUGCACAGCAGACGGUGCUGCAAACGGUGUCAGCAACCUUUGCCGCCGAUUUGUUGCGGCGCAUCAUGGCCCUACUUGAGGAAGGCGAUUUCGCGAAGCUGAACAAUGUAAGCAUAUUAACAGCCAUACGCGCCGCCAAAUUUCUUACCAACCCCGAUGACAAGAAGCUGCUGGGCAUCUGGAGCAGCCCUCCGUUUUUAAAAUGA